AUGGAGGAGCUUGUCGAUGCGUCGCUGAUACCCGACGAAAACGGAAUCUUGGACUUGCAGGACAAGCACUGGGUGACGCUGGACGAGGUGGUGUGGACGUACGCGCACUCGUUGCUGGUGCUCAAUGUGUCCCGGAAUCAGCUCGUGCACAUCUCCGAGGCGGUCGGCAACCUCGUGCUUCUCCGCGAACUCAUACUGGCCAACAACAGGAUCGCCUCCAUCCCCGUGCAGAUCGCUCGAUGCGUAAAUCUGCGCAAGCUUGAUCUGCACCGCAACCGCCUCGAGGAGUUGCCCAACGAGCUGCAAUACUGCGAGCGUCUAGAGGAGCUCGACGUGUCCUACAACGACCUCACUACAGUACCGCCAGAGCUGGGACGACUGCAACACCUGCGCGUGCUCAAUGUGCGCCACAACAAGCUCACUCUGCUGCCUCACACUUUGUGCGACUGCCCGGUGCUGGAAGAAGUGUGUUGCGAGGGCAACGACGGACUGACGGACAUCCCCGAGUCGCUGCGUAGCAACACGAAGCUGGUGCUGUGGAUCUGCAGCACCGUGAAGCGGCAUCGCGGCGAGGUGGCGGAGCUCGUCGAGAUCAACAGCGAGCUGGAGCGCAUGGCGCGUCUCGGCGACGAAGAGCGGUUGAAACUGCGCGAGGAGAUCGCCGACCUGCAGCGCAAGAAGAAGGCGCUGGAAGACGAGCGUCCGCACAACUACCUGUUCGUCAAGAAGCACGUGGUGCGGGUCACGUCCGAGGUCUGCGCCGUCAUGUAG